GUCGAUUCUCCCAUUUCAACCGCGUAAAAUGCCAGUUUUAUGUCGCGUUUUCCCUGAUAAUGGUUUUCAUCAUUCAGUUUGCACUUGACCUGACGGUAAUGAAGCAUCUUUAAGAUGCCGCCCCGGUUGACGCCACGCAAGUUCUUCCUCGCCUUCCUGAUCAUCAUCAGUGUGACGUUGCUGGUGGGCAGCCGGUUGAACUUCUCGUAUUUCUCCAGAAGUCCGCAGAGCGCCGCCCUGGAACAUGAGCAGGAGACGCAAACUCCCAAAGUGCAGGAGCGUAGGGAAGAGAUAAAGGAGGUGCUGGAACGGGAGCGGGAGGAUGAGGGGGAGGAGAAAGGGGAACCACCUGAGAAGCCCUUCUUUCUGAGAGGAGGCACACGGUACCCCUCCAAGAGCAAAGGACCAGUCCGUCUCUUUCCUGAGCAAGCUGAUGGCGACCGAGUGGUGGAUCAGCUCAUGUAUGUUCCUGAGGACUACGAAGGUUUCGACACCCCGGAAAAAACCAUCCUCCUCUACAGCGGCUUUGGGUCCUGGGGCCAAUCGGGCGGCAGCGGCAUCUUCCACUCCUGCCCAGUCAAUCGCUGCUCUCUAACGGGCGAUAGGGGCCGGGCAGUAGACGCAGACGCCAUCCUCUACAGAGACCACGUCUCCUACCCGGGGGUGGACCGGCCGGUCAAUCAGGUGUGGAUCCUCUACCAUCUAGAGUGCCCCUACCAUACGCAGAGCAUCAAGGUGCCUGACAGCAUCAACUGGACGGCCACCUAUCGUAGGGACAGCGACAUUGUGGCCCCCUACGAGCGCUGGACCUACUUCGAUCCGCAGGUGAGGCAAAAGGCCCAAAACAAGGACUAUGCGGCGAACAAGACGAAGAAGGUGGCGUGGUUCGUGUCGAACUGUGGGGCGCGCAAUAAUCGACUCCAAUACGCCCGGGAGUUGGGCAAGUACAUAGACGUGGACAUCUAUGGAGGCUGUGGAUCCUUCAAGUGUCCCCGAUCCGAAGACAGAAAGUGCUUCAACAUCCUGGAGACGGACUACAAGUUCUACCUGGCCUUUGAAAACUCCAACUGUCGCGACUACAUUACGGAAAAACUCUUCGUGAACGGUCUGGGCCAUGACGUGCUCCCAAUUGUGAUGGGGGCGCGGCCUGAGGACUACCAGAAAAGCGCCCCAGAAGGCUCCUACAUCCAUGUGGAUCAGUUCGCCAGCCCCGAGGAGCUGGCCGCCUACUUGAAGCGCCUAGACCAGGACGACGCCCUCUACAACUCCUACUUCACGUGGAAAGGCACUGGGGAGUUUAUCAACACGUACUUUUGGUGCCGCCUCUGUGCUAUGCUGCACGCGCCCCUGGUUCCCCGCCACUACGAGGACGUAAACGAUUGGUGGAGAGGGCCAGGGGUUUGCACCACGAAAUCUUGGAGAAAUGCCGAAUUUGUAUGAACUGGCCCGAUACAAGGGGCGCGAUGGGCUCAAAAUUUCCUUAAGCGAACAUUUUCUUUCGUUAAUGGGUCAGGCCUAUAACGUUGAGUUCCUACUCCAUUUGUACAUGACGAGCAGACCCCGUAUGGUGCGCAACCAGCCCUCUGUGAUAUUUGUUUUUAUUAUUGUCGACUCGUCGUUGAUUGGCUUGUUUCCGCGUUACGCCAAGCAGAAUGACAUUGUAAACGUACAAUUAACCAAGUAACUAGUACUGAGAACUAGCACAGAUCAGAAAUGAUUGCAAACAAUGUUCGCUGUUAAUUAAUUGUAAAUUAAAUAAAAUUUAUUAAGUUUCUAUUAA